AGGGAGCAUCAGGGAGUCGUCCCGCCCUGUGGAUCGCCCUUUACUGCUAGCUUCGGAGGACGAAGUCCUCCUGUCCUACAAGGGACACCACUAUGUCAAUGAAGGGAUCUAGGAGUUAGGGUCCUUGGGUUCUGGUUCCCCCACUUGUACGGACGUCGCGUGAUCUAGGCUCCCUUUUACCUGUGCCUCGGUUUCCCCAUCUUUACGAUACUGGAGGGUUGGAACUGCCGAGGGCUAGUCUCCCAAAUCUGUAAUGGGGUGCAGAGGAGGGGGAGAUGGGGGACCUACACGUGACCUCCCCGCGCGGGGCCCCGCCUAUCCCAGAUCCAAGAGUUGCAAGCGCUCCGCGAGGACGGGCGGGGGUGGGCGGAUCCUAAGAAACCCGACCCCGCAGCCCUUGGCUGUGGCUAAGGCGCCGCGCGCGGCUCGGCGGCCGCUAGCGCUGGCGACAGCACGGGAGAAGGAUGGGGACCGCAACCCGGGCUUCGCAGAGGACCAUCGUGGAGGCGAGGACGGUGCAGAGACUCGACGUGUGACUUGGAGUGCAUCAGGAAAUGAUGGACGAGGGGAUGAGAGAUAGCUAACGGGGCUCUGUCUCUGCGUCCGGUCCGCGGAGGCGCACGUCGUGGGGCUGGAGAGGUUCUGUCUACAGCGGCAGCGCCGAGCUUGUCUCGGGCCAUGAGAAGCGCGCGGACCGCCCGGCCCCAGGCUGCCCUCGUGGUCGGCCGCGUCCUGCCGCGCUGAAAGCUUGGGGGCGAAGAGGGGUGUGGGCGGCCGGGGUGCGCCCGAGCGCACCGCCAUGGCAAGGGAGGAGUGCAAGGCUCUGCUGGACGCUCUCAACAAGACGACCGCAUGCUACCACCACCUGGUGCUGACCGUCGGCGGCUCGGCAGACUCGCAGAACCUGCGUGAGGAGUUGCAGAAGACGCGCCAGAAGGCGCAGGAGCUGGCGGUGGCCAUCCGCGCCCAGCUGACGGCCGCGCUACGCGACCGGGGCCUGGGCGCCGAGGAGCGCGCGGAGUUCGAGCGCCUCUGGGUGGCUUUCUCUGGCUGCCUGGACCUGCUGGAAGCCGACAUGCGGCGUGCGCUGGCCCUGGGCACCGCGUUCCCGCUGCACGCGCCGCGGCGGCCGCUGGUGCGCACCGGCGUAGCGGGCGGCUCCGCGGGCGUAGCGGCGCGCGCCCUGAGCGCCCGCAGCCUGCGGCACGAGGCGGAGCGCGACUUCGACGUGGAUGACCUGCGCGAGCUGGAGCGGGAGAUCCUUCAGGUGAGCGAGAUGGUCAACGACAUGGAGAUGAAGGUCAACGUGCCCCGCUGGACCGUGCAGGCCCGCCAAACGGCAGGCGCUGAGCUCCUGUCCAGCGUCGGCGCCUCUUCGGUGGGCGUCGUGUCUGUACAGGAGCGCACCGGGCCUUGCGACGUGAGCAAGGCCCUGGCCGCCACCGUUUUCAGCGCCGUGCUGCUGGCGGCCGUGGCCCUGGCCAUCUGCGUGGCGAAGCUGAGCUGACCGACAGAAGACUCUACCCGCCGCCGCCGCCGCUGCUCCCUCCCCGAAGACAGCCUUCAGGAACGACUGCCACUGCCUGCACUCUGGAUGGGAGUGGGAUCUGGCAUGUUUAAGGGAAGGGGUUCUAAAGCUGUGUGUGUGUGUGUGUGUGUGUGUGUGUGUGUGUGUACACACAUCUGCCUGGGCAGAACAUGGUUGCCUGGUACUGGCCUGUGAGGAGUUAAUUUUGCGCGGGCGGCCAGGGCAUUACCGCUAAUGUAUGCAGCAGCUUUAUCCCCUAUUAAUAGAAAACCGUCCACAGUGACCCUAGAUUCCAAAUUAAUGGGUUACCGCUUGUGCAGCUGGGGCGCGUUUACAACGGAGUCUGAGUCGGAUUACCCCACCUCUACCAGCGAUUCCCACUGUCCGCGCACAGGGGGGCAGUUUGAAAGGGGGGGGUGAGGUGAAAUGAGUGGGGGUGGGGUUGUUUUGCUCUGUGUGGGUGGUGACUUUGUUUCCUGGACAAAACUGUAAGAAGAUGUAAGCAGGUUUUAUUACCUUAAUCCUUUGGGGCCUAAGCUUAGGAGAGUGUGCAGAGACAUUCAUGCAAAGUGCUAUCUCUGUGGUGCACGAUAUAGCUUCUUGGCAGAGUUUAUCCAUUAGUUACCAAAAGCAGCGGGAAGAAGUUUGGGAUGCUGACCUCCCCCCAAGUUAUGACCCUACUUAGGAAACCAGAGAAGGCAUGUGGAGCCUGCCCUCACAUGCUUGGAUCUAUUGCACACACUUGCCUAUUAAAAAGGGCUCUCCCCAGCCAGCCUGGAAGGGGCACGAGCUUUGGUAAGGGACACAUGCUGUUUAAAGAGGCACUUUCUCCUUUGCUGGGGUUUAUUUUUUGUUCCAAAACUAGACCAGCGUUUGAUCCUCCUUUGGGGGAGGGCUGCAGAAUCCUCUUUGGAGCCCUUAAUCCUAUCUAUCCCUUGGAAUUUGCCUGCUAGCCAGUAGGAGAGCUGGCUCUGGAGGAAGCUGCAUAGCUCCCUGACCCUCACACUGACCCUGAGAGGGGAAACCUCACUGUCUCAUGUCAGUUUGAGCCAGUUAGCCCUGAGACUGGGUUAGAAUGCAAAAGCUUCGGCUCAGAAUUUCAGCAGCUUUUUAAAAACAAUAACCAUUUGAAAGAAAAACCAUAUAACAUUUGUUCUGUCUUAUCAAAGCUGGGUUUUUUGGUAAAGGACAUUGGCCACGAAUCCAUACGUGCCAAUGAGUCAAAACAUCGUGGUCUUUACUUACAUGCUUAAGUUAGUAAAUCUACAUCUAUUACUAAAAUAGACCUUCUCGAAGGCAGGUUAUAGCAUAAACUACCGGAACCACGGUGUGGGUAACAGAAGCUGAGUGGUCCCUGCUUCUUUCGCUCAAUAAAGAAUGUGGAAAACCCUGGGACCCAGGCUGGAAUUUACCUGAGCAGUGCCACCACCUCUGCCUGUGGUGCAGAGAGAACAUCGUUGGGGAAAUAAGGCUGAGAAAAUGCACGCAUUUAACUCUCCAAGGGUAAUUUGGAAUAAAACCCAAGACUUUGGUUUGGCUGAAAACUGACAAGGAUUUUUUUUUUCUUUUGUACCCUAAAGGUGGGAAAGGGGACCAGAGAAGGGAAUUGACAGUCUCACAAGGACAGCUUGGAGGCCCAAGGAGUAGGGGCAGAUAUAAGUAUUACAGCCUUGGCGGUCCUAAGGGCCACCCUCCCAGCCCAACUUCCUCCCACCCUUCCUGAGCACACAGAUUCCAGUACCUCACAGUGAAAGUAUGGGAUCUGUUUGUGCGCGUGUCUGUGAUAAUGGUUUUAAGACACCCACAAGGUCUUAAGCCGAUUAAAAGUUUUAUGACCUUAACUAAUAAAAGGAACACCUUCUGCCUCAUCUGAAUAGGGGCCAGCUCAAAUUCUUUUGCAUCUGAAGGUUCAGGGUACCUUCAGAGACAACACAAAAAGUUUCCUAAGUACCCUCCCGCUCCUCCCAUACACAACGACAGCAUGGAAUCUCUAUUACCUUCCCCAAACUCUCAGUUCUCCCAGACAAGAGGAGGCUGGGGCAUUCUGUGACCCAAUGUUGGAAAAUAUCCUUUAAAACCACGCCCUAAGUAUAUUCUUCUGUUUCUAAUACAGUAACUCUUCUGUUCUUACCAAACUGUUUUGCUUCAUGACAACAACAAAAAAAUUGUUCAGCAGAACCUAUUGGAGAACAAAAUCCAUCAGACGUUGUGUAAUCCAUAGAAAGCAACUAGGACACAUUUCUUUGUUCUUGCCAUGGUCUGUGGGCCUUUCACUUGGCAGAUCCUUAGGUAUUUAUAUGUGCAAUCAGAUGUGUACCUAAUUCUGAGAGUCCUCUGCUCACUGAAAUCAGUGAUUAAAUGUUGCAUCUGCACACACAAAAAAGCUGAAUGGACCUGUUAGCCUAAACAAUUCUGAGAUUGGAAGUUUUAAGCAUUAGGAAUAUUUGGUAUUAUUUGGAGUUAAAACAUUG